UUACAGAUUUGCUUUCCAGACGUUGAGUUCCCUAAUCUCUGCUUUUGCCAUUCUGGAUGAUUCAUAAUUCUCGGUCUUUUUCGUUUUUUCUCUCUCGUUAUAAUGAAUUGUUCGUACUCCUUGGGAUUUUGUUUUUCGUGUGUUUUUUUCCCGUGUUUCUGUCUGAUAACGGUAUUGUCUUUCAGACAUAACUUGCUCUUCUUUGAAAGUUUUAUGUUUCAGCUCCUCGGGUUGCCUUUCUUGCAAUGGAAAGAAAAGAUUAGAAACUUUCAAUCGACAUCCGAUAAUUGCUCGUUUCCUAAUAAUGGAAUGGAAUCUAGUGAAUCCGAUUCUCGGAUUCUGAAAUCUCAGUUGAUUUUGGUCGUGUCAUCGAAGAGAAGAGUGAUGCUCUGUCUAAAACCAGUUUGUCUGCAAACCUAGUCAUGCUCUCAUCUAUAUGACAUGAAUAAGCAAUCAGAUCAAAUGCAAAGUAGGGGCCGUCAUUACACGUCUCCCGCCAUUGUUGUUAUCAGAUGUCUUGAAGCUCUGAGUGUCUUCUAUUCGGAGAAGUUGAGACCAUGCAGAGACUUUCGAAUCUUCAAGGCACCAUGUCGUCGAUAUUUUAGCAAAAUGUAACGCUGGCUGUUCUGCAAAACAUGGCGAGCAUCGAGACAAGAACAUCAUAGUUGAAUCCAAUAGACAUUUGGAACUGUUGGUCAUAACAGUAUGAACAGCCAUAGCCUUGUUUCAGGAACAGCAGAUGAAGGAGGAGUUGGGCAAGAUUGCUCGUCUUCCAUAUCUCUGGUGCAUAACUUUCUCAACUUUCCGCCAGAAACCCGGAAAGCUCCUUCUCCUUUCAUAAGAUCACAAUCUCCGGAUUCCGCAAGUCAUGAUCAUCAUCCAUGGAUGAAGCACGGUUCCAAGAGUACAUUCUCGAGAUCUUCCUCGUUCUGCACAAACUUGUACUUAUCAUCGUCUUCGAGCUCCGAAACUCGGAAACAUCUCGGGAACAGUCUUCUUCCGUUUCUCCCAAACCCUUCAACUUACAACCAGACUGCUUCAGCUGUUGAAUCUGCUAAAUCUCCAGCCAUUUUCAGCGAGGAUAUCGUCACUGUCACUCCUCCUUAUAAUGGCGGUGGCAGCAGCAGCUCAGGGUCUCUUGCCAAAGACUUCUUUAAUCUCCCCAAAGACACUUGUUCUGACGGCGGGUUUCAUGAUCUCGGCUGUCCAAAUGACAGCUUCUCGUUGUCAGAACAAAUGGAGCUGCAGUUCCUGUCUGAUGAGCUCGAGUUGGCCAUCACAGACCGUGCUGAAACUCCUAGCCUCGAUGAAAUCUACGAAAUGCCUAUGGCUAUGUCAAAUCCAGGGACUGAAGUGAGUCCCAGACAAAACUGUGUCUCUGCUGUAAUGUCUCACUCUUCCCCAGGAGCUGCCACUAAUCAGAAGCCGAGAAUGAGAUGGACCCCUGAGCUCCAUGAGCGUUUUGUGCAAGCGGUUCACAGCCUCGAAGGGCCUGAAAAGGCAACUCCGAAGGCUGUUCUGAAGCUCAUGAAUGUCGAGGGCUUGACCAUCUAUCACGUGAAAAGUCACUUGCAGAAGUACAGACUAGCAAAGUAUAUACCGGAGAAAAGAGAAGAGAAGAAGAAUAGUAAUUCAGAAGAGAAGAAAUCUGCUUCAAGUAACAGCGAAACAGAUGGGAGAAAGAAAGGGGCCAUUCAGAUUACUGAGGCUUUACGUAUGCAGAUGGAAGUUCAGAAGCAGUUGCAUGAACAACUCGAGGUACAGCGGGUGCUUCAGCUGCGCAUAGAAGAACAUGCAAGGUACUUGCAGAGGAUGUUGGAAGAACAGCAGAAAUCCGGCGCUCUCAUUACAUCUUCUGAGACACUGUCUUCCCCAACCAAAUCCAAACAAGAAUCUUCACCUCAACUGUCAUCACCCACCAAGAACAAAGCUGAAGAAGAGAACUCCCCGAAAAGGCACCGGAUCGAUAACAAAGCUUCAGAAUCUGGAGAAGAAAACUCCCCGAAAAGGCCCCGGCUCGAUAACAAAGCUUCUGAAUCUGAAGAACGUGUAAGGUAGUUAAAUGACUUUGUGUGCAAUAUGUAUAUAUGAUGAUGAUGAAUUUGUGUUGCGUGUACUUGAAGUAGGAAACUUUGUUUGUGAGAUCGAGUUAGUUGUUUGUUAUAUAUGUCUUUUGUUGGGGGACAUGUAAGUGAUCAGUGUAAGCUUUGGGAUUCCAAUUGGUUGGGGUCUCUUGUUCUUUGAAGUUUCUAUUAAUAAAAAUAUAGCAAGAUUGAAAUUA